UUGAGUGAUUGGAACAGCACAUUAUCAUUUAUUCUACCAUGUAGGAAGUUACCUGUUCUAGCUGAAAUGUGUAUCUGAAAUGCAAGCUCACCGGGGCAGAGACCUGUGGAUUGCCGUACGCUGCCCUCCGAACCUGGAUCAUGAAGGUGUUGGGAAGAAGCUUCUUCUGGGUGCUGUUUCCGGUCCUUCCCUGGGCAGUGCAGCCUGUGGAGCACGAGGAGGUGGCGCAGCGUGUGAUCAAACUGCACCGCGGGCGAGGGGCGACCGCCACUCAGAGCCGCCAGUGGGUCCGGGACAGCUGCAGGAAGCUCUCAGGGCUUCUCCGCCAGAAGAAUGCGGUUCUGAACAAACUGAAAAAUGCAAUUGGAGCAGUGGAGAAAGACGUGGGCCUGUCAGAUGAAGAGAAACUGUUUCAGGUGCACACAUUUGAAAUUUUCCAGAAAGAGUUGAAUGAAAGUGAAAAUUCCGUUUUCCAAGCCAUCUAUGGACUGCAGAGAGCCCUGCAGGGGGAUUACAAAGAUGUGGUGAACAUGAAGGAGAGCAGCCGGCAGCGCCUGGAGGCCCUGAGAGAGGCUGCAAUAAAGGAAGAAACAGAAUAUAUGGAACUUCUAGCAGCAGAAAAACAUCAAGUUGAAGCCCUUAAAAAUAUGCAACAUCAAAACCAAAGUUUAUCCAUGCUCGACGAGAUUCUUGAAGAUGUAAGAAAGGCAGCAGAUCGUCUGGAGGAAGAGAUAGAGGAACACGCUUUCGACGACAACAAAUCAGUCAAGGGGGUCAAUUUUGAGGCAGUUCUGAGGGUGGAGGAAGAAGAGGCCAAUUCUAAGCAAAAUAUAACAAAACGAGAAGUGGAGGACGACUUGGGCCUUAGCAUGCUGAUUGACUCCCAGAACAACCAGUAUAUUUUGACCAAGCCCAGAGACUCAACCAUCCCACGUGCGGAUCACCACUUUAUAAAGGACAUUGUUACCAUAGGAAUGCUGUCCUUGCCUUGUGGCUGGCUAUGUACAGCCAUAGGAUUGCCUACAAUGUUUGGUUAUAUUAUUUGUGGUGUACUUCUAGGACCUUCAGGACUGAAUAGUAUUAAGUCUAUUGUGCAAGUGGAGACAUUAGGAGAAUUUGGGGUGUUUUUUACUCUUUUUCUUGUUGGCCUAGAAUUUUCUCCAGAAAAGCUAAGAAAGGUGUGGAAGAUUUCCUUACAAGGGCCGUGUUACAUGACACUGUUGAUGAUUGCGUUUGGCUUGCUAUGGGGGCAUCUCCUGCGGAUCAAACCCACGCAGAGCGUCUUCAUUUCCACCUGUCUGUCCUUGUCGAGCACACCCCUCGUGUCCAGGUUCCUCGUGGGCAGCGCUCGGGCUGACAAAGAAGGCGACAUUGACUACAGCACCGUGCUCCUUGGCAUGCUGGUGACGCAGGACGUGCAGCUCGGGCUCUUCAUGGCCGUCAUGCCGACUCUCAUACAGGCGGGUGCCAGUGCAUCUUCUAGCAUUGUCAUGGAAGUUCUGCGAAUCCUGGUUUUGAUUGGUCAGAUUCUUUUUUCGCUAGCGGCGGUUUUUCUUUUAUGUCUUGUUAUAAAGAAGUAUCUCAUUGGACCCUAUUAUCGGAAGCUGCACGUGGAAAGCAAGGGGAACAAAGAAAUCCUGAUCUUGGGAAUAUCUGCCUUUAUCUUCUUAAUGUUAACGGUCACGGAGCUGCUGGACGUCUCCAUGGAGCUGGGCUGUUUCCUGGCCGGAGCGCUGGUCUCCUCUCAGGGCCCCAUGGUCACCGAGGAAAUCGCCGCCUCCAUUGAACCCAUCCGCGACUUCCUGGCCAUCGUUUUCUUCGCCUCAAUAGGGCUCCACGUGUUCCCCACAUUUGUGGUGUACGAGCUCACGGUGCUGGUGUUCCUCACCUUGUCAGUGGUGGUCAUGAAGUUUCUCCUGGCGGUGCUGGUCCUGUCUCUCAUUCUGCCGAGGAGCAGCCAAUACAUCAAGUGGAUCGUCUCCGCAGGGCUUGCCCAGGUCAGCGAGUUUUCCUUUGUCCUGGGGAGCCGGGCACGAAGAGCGGGCGUCAUCUCUCGGGAGGUGUACCUCCUUAUACUGAGUGUGACCACGCUCAGCCUCUUACUCGCCCCGGUGCUGUGGAGAGCUGCAAUCACGAGGUGUGUGCCCAGACCAGAGAGACGGUCCAGCCUCUGAUGCACGGAGAUGAUGGACCUUGGAAGGGAAGCAUCUGUGGGGAGUGUGCGCUUAAAUGGCCAGCAGCUGCUCCUUCUGGGAAGCUCGCACCUUGGCAACAGAACAGCUCUCUAGCAAAGUGUCGGUGCAGUCGUGUUAUCCUGGCUUUUACAGAAUAUUCCUGUCCCAUUUUAGAAUUUUCCAGAGUAGUUUAUUUGCAGUCAGUUGAUUAUGUGCAGUAGACCCGGGACGCUGCAUUUUACCAGUCGCCUUGAAUGUGUUGCCUGGAUGUGCCUUUUUUUUCCCUGAAAUUAAUUAUUAUUAAUUUUCUAUGGUGAGUUCAUCAGUUCAUAGUUUUUUUAGUAAAGAAGCAAAAUUAAAAGGCAUUUAAAAAUGUGCAACUUC